CUGAAUGUGGAGAAAUUUCGAUUUUGGUGGGCCAAGGUCAAUUACUUUCAGGCUGUAACAAAAUGUAGGGCGACUUCAACGAGACCAAAAAGAAUUCGUCGGGCUCACCAAAAGCGCCAUAUCGCUCACGCCAGAAAUGUAGAGAUGGUUGAGGAAAAGAAGCCAGCCGAAAGCGAACGAUCUGCUGUAUCGCAUCCGAUUCGCACUAGAAGGCAGGUCUGCAAGACUAAGUCAUCAGAGCAGUUGAAUCAACUCGCACAGGAUUUCAGGGAUCAUUGCGAGAGAAACAACAUAUGCCUACCUGAAGAGGAUUUACCAGAAGGUCCGCAGCGUGAUCGUUUCAGGGAGCUGUAUGGCUCUCGAGCUAAGAAGUACGCUGCGUACCUUACCGAGCUCUCGCUUUGCUACGGUCGUCUCACAUAA